AUGGCGCCGAGGAAGAGUGAAGGAGAUGGAGAAGAGAAGGCGAAACCUGUGAUAACGGCGUCGACUCGAGUGACUCGGAGCAUGGGUUGUCGUACUCGGAGUGAGACUCAGAAAAACGGCGCUAAACCGUCUGGAUCUGCCACCAAGCAGGUGAAGCUUGCGUCGCCGAAGAAGGCGAAGAGGAAGAAGCCAGCGAUUGCGACUGGGAGAGCAAAGAAGGGAAAGAAGGAAGAGGAAGCAGUUGAGGAAGUCGAGAAGGAAGAGGAAAAAGAGGAGGCUGAGGUUGAAGACCCGACGAAACCGAAGAUCGUGAUAGAGCACUGUAAACAAUGCAAUGCUUUCAAGACAAGGGCCAUUCAGGUGAAGGAAGGUCUUGAGGGAGCUGUUCCUGGCGUCACUGUAACUCUGAAUCCUGAAAAGCCAAGGAGGGGUUGCUUUGAGAUCCGGAAGGAAGGUGGCGAAACAUUCAUCAGUCUUUUGGAGAUGAAACGUCCAUUUGCUCCAAUGAAGGCACUUGAUAUGGAAGAAGUCAUCGAGGAGAUCAUAAACAAAAUCAAAUGA